UUUUAACGUAGCUGACAGUUCAGCAUAAUUCUGUAUAACCUCCACCAACGAAGUGUAAAUUUGUGACUAUUAAAAAGUGCGUUUGCUGGUGAACGUUGUUAAUUUUUUUUAAUAAAACAAUAAAUUAACUUAUAUUUAAUAUUUGAUCGAAAAUUGUAAACGAUGGCUACGAAAUCAAAACGCGCCGGAACAGCCACGCCCCAACCGCAGCCGGGUGGCACAUCAACGCCAAUAAUUGCUGGUGCUAAUCGUUCUGCCAGCCCUUUAAGUCCGACGCGACAUUCGCGUCUACAUGAAAAGGCUGAGUUGCAGAAUCUUAAUGAUCGUUUGGCCUGUUACAUUGAUCGUGUACGCAAUUUGGAGAAUGAAAAUGCACGCCUCUCCAUUGAGGUGCAAACGACGCGUGACACUGUCACCCGCGAGGCUACAAGUAUCAAAUCCAUGUAUGAAAACGAAUUGAGCGAUGCGCGACGUUUGCUGGAUGAAACUGCACGCGAAAAGGCUAAACUGGAAAUUGAUACUAAGCGUUUGUGGGAUGAGAAUGAGGAACUGAAGGCUAAAUUAGACAAGAAAACAAAAGAUUGUACUUUUGCCGAAGGCAAUGCCCGCAUGUAUGAGUCACGCGCUGCUGAUUUGAGCAACAAGUAUAAUGCUGCUAAUGCGGAUCGCAAAAAGGCUGUCGACGAAUUGAAUGAGGCUAUCAAAGAGCUUGAACGUUUACGCAAGCAAUUAGAGGAAGCACGCAAACUCUUGGAAGAGGAGACAUUAGCACGCGUCGACCUAGAGAAUAAUGUACAAAGCCUACGCGAAGAGUUAACAUUCAAAGACCAGAUACACAUACAAGAAAUUAAUGAGACACGCAGUCGUCGUCAGGUGGAAAUAAGUGAAAUUGACGGACGCUUAGUCGAACAAUAUGAAGCCAAAUUACAACAAUCGCUACAAGAAUUACGCGAGCAAUAUGAAGGUCAAAUGCGCGCCAAUCGCGAAGAGAUCGAAUUGUUGUAUGAACAAAAAAUGAAGAAUCUACAAUCGGCAGCGAAUCGCAACUCGAAUGCUGCGGCAAAUGCUAUCGAAGAAUUGCGCACAACACGUACACGCAUCGAUGCGCUCAACUCACGCAUUGGCGAAUUGGAGUCGACCAAUACAGCGCUAACUGCACGUAUACGCGAGCUGGAGCAAUUGUUGGAUCGGGAACGUGCACGUCACAAUGCGGACAUAUCAAAUUUGGAGGCGGAAUUACAACGUUUGCGCGAUGAAAUGGCGCACCAGUUGCAGGAGUACCAAGAUUUGAUGGACAUCAAGGUUUCACUGGAUUUGGAAAUUGCAGCAUACGACAAAUUGUUGUGCGGCGAAGAGUCACGUCUCAACAUCACACCACAUUCGUCCACCGCUUCCGGCUCUUUCAGUCAAAGUUUACGCGGCACACGUGCCACGCCCAUACGCAAGACACCAUCACGUGGCGCUUCCACAGCUCCGUUGAAACGCAAACGCACCGUCGUCGAUGAGUCAGAGGAUCUGAGUCAAUCGGAAUACUUUGUGACUGGCAGCGCCAAAGGCGAUAUUGAAAUUGCCGAAGUCGAUGCGGAAGGCAAAUACGUGAAACUGCACAAUAAGGGUAAUAAGGAGGUACAAAUCGGCGGUUGGCAACUGAUACGUACCGCGGGUAGCAAUGAAACCGCAUUCAAAUUUCAUCGUACCGUCAAAGCUGAUGCCGGUGCAGUGAUAACUGUUUGGUCUUCCGAUGCUGGUGCGACACACGAACCACCAGCAAAUAUAGUGAUGAAAACACAAAAAUGGUUUGUUGGCGAUAAUAUGAAGACAUCACUGUUCAAUGGUGAGGGUGAGGAAGUGGCCGGCUCCGAACGUGUAAAGCGCACAAUUGUGAAGCAUACGUCACGUCAUCGUUCCUAUGGCAGUCGUUUGGGUGUAUCAACCGUGGAUGGUGCUGGCAAUGAGGAACUCUAUCAUCAGCAAGGUGAUCCGCAGCAGGGAGAUGAAAAGUGUCGUUUAAUGUAAAAAUGUAGGUGUGUGUGCAGAACAAAUUAACUACUAAUAUAAAUUUACUACAAAAGAUUACUUUAUACAUACAUAUAUAUAUAUAUUUUUAAUAUUCUUUAACUGUAACUACUUUAAAAUGAUUGCAAAUGCAAACCAUUUCGAAAGUAAGUGCUACACAAGCGCGCGCAGACCGAGAAUUUCAUGAAAACAAUAACAACAAGAAUCACUUUAAUGUCUAACCCAACAAAAAAAGUCAGUCCUGCAGUAAAAUAUAAUUUUAAUACGCAUACACACACUUCAUGCAUAUUACAUAUGCUGUGUUGGUCGUACAUAAGCAGUCGUCACGCGUGUCGCUGUAAACUUUUCUCCGCUUGCCGCCAUUCAUAUGUUUGGAUAUUUGGAUUUUCAAAUAUAACUGCCACUUAAUUUCCCGCAUAAGAACAUACAUACAUAUAUUUCUUUCUCUCUUUUUUUACAUUAUGCUAUAGUAACGCCAGUAUAGGUCCUAGUUUAAUUGAGCUAAUUAUAACAAUUUUUUUAUACAUACAUACAUACAUACAUAUAUUUAAAUGACAUUUAAAUAUUGUGGCAUUAAUUUGGUACAAUUUUGUGCUAACAAGAAAGCAAUAAAGGCAUGAAACAAAAACUACAACAACCAAAAAGCUUGUAUAAAGACAUGCACUGAGUUUACGAGAAAGCAAAAACAAAAACAAAAUUUUAUAUUCAAAAAUUCGCUUAUGUGCGCGCGCGUGUGUGUGUGUAUUAGCGCUCAUAGUAAUUUGCACUGAAUCGUAUAAAGUCAACAAUCAAAGAGUACAUGGAAAGCGCACAUGCGCGCUUUUCAGCCAUAACUACUAACAGUAGAAAUUUAGUAUUUUUUUCUUGCUUUAAAAAUGUACAAAUUUAUUGGUUCCAGUUUCUGGAAGUUUGGAACACUUUGCGGUACAAAUAAAAAUAGACACACGAAACAAAACAAAAAAAGACUCGAAAAUUUCACAACAAACAAAGAGAAAAAAACAAAAAACAAUAGAAGUGCAUAUUUUAUUUUUGGAAAAUUUGUAAGUUAUUUGUAGGUUGAAACGAAGAACGAAGAGAGAAAAAUGCAAGUAAAAUAUAUAGAAAAAGAGCUAGUUAAUGGCGUCCGAUAUGUGUAGCACAUGUGAAAUUGAAAGUUUUUACAAUUUUUUCGCUAUGCAUAUUAGUCAUCAUUGACUUGCAAGCAAGUGUUGUCAUGACUAAUAUGGCAAUAAUUAUUUUUUAAAUAAAUAAAAAAAAAAAAUAAUUAAAAUAAAAAAAAAUAAAUAAAUAAAUAAAAAUAAAUGAUUUAAAAAAAUAAAUAAAAUAAAAAUAAAUAUAUAAACAAAUAAAAAAAUAUAUAAAUAAAUAAAAAAUAAAAUAAAUAAAUUAAUUAAAAUAAUAGUAAAUAAAAAAUAAAUAAACCUAAAAAAAUAAAAAAUAAAUAAAAAUAAAAAAAUAAAAAAUAAAUAAAAAUAAAAAAAUAAAAAAUAAAUAAAAAUAAAAAAAUAAAAAAUAAAUAAAAAUAAAAAAAUAAAAAAUAAAUAAAAAUAAAAAAAUAAAUAAAAAUAAAAAAUAAAUAAAAAUAAAAAAAUAAAUAAAUAAUUAAAAAUAAAUAAAUAAAUAAAAAUAAUUAAAUAAAAUAAAUAAUUAAAAAAAUAAACAUAAAAUAAACAAUUAAAAAAAAAUAAAUAAAUAAAAUAAAAUAAGUAAAUAAAAAAUAAAUAAAUAAAAUAAAAUAAGUAAAUAAAAAAUAAAUAAAUAAAAUAAAAUAAGUAAAUAAAAAAUAAAUAAAAUAUAUAAAAAAAUAAAAAUAAAUAAAUAAAAUAUAUAAAAAAAAUAAAAAUAAAUAAAUAAAAUAUAUAAAAAAAUAAAAAUAAAUAAAUAAAAUAUAUAAAAAAAUAAAAAUAAAUAAAUAAAAUAUAUAAAAAAAUAAAAAUAAAUAAAUAAAAUAUAUAAAAAAAUAAAAAUAAAUAUAUAAAAUAUAUAAAAAAAUAAAAAUAAAUAAAUAAAUAACAAAUAAAAUAAUUAAUUUCUUGCAAUAUGCUAGUGACUCCCCAAGCGACUAUGGCUGAUUUAGUUUUUUUAAGACGCGUAAUUUUCACAAUUAAAACAGUCAGUACACAGUAAAUACAUACAUACUUUAUUUUAUAAAUUGUAAACAACAAUUCCACACAAAAUCACACGUAUUUUUUCUCAUUGAAAAUAAGUAAUGAAUAUUUAAUUUGUGUUUCUUCAAGCUCAAACAACGACCAAACAUUUUAACAAAACAAAAGAAAAGAAAAACAAAACAAAAAUGAAAAUAAGAAAAUUACCAAUAAAAAAGUAAAAGUAAAAAAGGAAAAAAAAAACGGUUUGCACUUUCUUUUUGAAAGAGUACCACGCGCUUUUAGGAUAUUCCGAAAAGUUCAAUAAACACAUACAUACAUGUAAAACGGUUUACAUUAUUACGUCACUAUGUUUUAGAUUUAAACAAUGUAAUUUAAUUAAAUUAUAUUCAAUUUAAAUACAUAUUAUAUUUGUCUUUAUGGCCAUUCGAUAUGAUUUUAUGUUGUAAAUGCGUUCCGAUUUGUAUUUGCAAUUUUAAAUUUAUACAAAUUUUUUACAACAAUUACAAUUUCUGUUUCUCCCUGUGUUCGUAUAAAAAAAAAACAAAAA